GGAGGGCUCUGUCGGCGUCAUACACGCACGUUGCUGAAAGUAGCCGCGGCUUGCCUGAAGGAGCAGCCCGGUCGUCAAAGACAACCGGAGGCAAUAACAAGGAGGCAGCCUGAGCUUUGCCUGACGCUGGCCGCCUCCCAGCUGCUCCUUGCCCUUGCGAAUCUCUCUGUACGUACGCAGCCGGUGGCCAAGUAGCUGGGAAGGGCGUGCAAUUCCAAGCGCAUCCCCGACCUGCCCAGCCCAGGGGCGGGGUUGAGGCCCCGCGAGUUUCCUGCUCCACUCCCUAGCUAAGUAUAAAGAACGUAAGGGAGGGGGAAAGGAGGAAAGGAAGAAAAAAAACAAUUAAAAAGUGCUGUGUGUGUCUGAAAACCUACCGCUGGAAGGCUGGCCUCUCUUCUUGUUGCUCCACCCUUGCGACGAGCCAAAUCUUGCGGACAGGAGGAGACAAACGGAGCCUGCCUGAGUUAACAAAAAAGAGAGGAAGAGAAGAAAGUCGCCCGCUCCUGCUGAUCCUCUAGCACCGCCGCAAUCUCACCUGCUCACGGUCACCAGCUUUCCUCCGGCCAACCGCCCUUUCCCCGCCAAGUCCCAUACGCUGGAAAAUGGCCCCGCUCGCAAGAGCAGGGUGCGGGGCUUGCCUGCGCACAGGAGCCUGCUUUUUCCUCCUCGUCAGCCUCCUGGUAUUUUGUGAAGGUUGCAAGAAAGUGACUUUCAAUGUGCCUUCCAGGUUAGAGGCAUUGACAUUAAUUGGCAGAGUAAAUGUGCAGCAGUGUCUUAGGAUUUCAGACCAUGUCAGCUCGAGUGAUCCUGAUUUUGUAGUUCUAGAAGAUGGUUCUGUAUAUACAACAAAUGCCAUUUCUUUGCCUUCUGAGGGCAAAACAUUUACCAUAUUGCUUAAGAAUGUGCAAGAACGCAAACAAAAGAAGAUACAUGUGGUUUUGCUAUCACAUCCCAAAAAGGCACACCAAAUGGGAGAGGCUGUACUUAGACGAAGUAAACGAAGGUGGGCUCCUGUUCCAACCACGAUAAUGGAAAACGCUCUGGGGCCUUUCCCAAUGCAGAUUCAGCAGUUGUUUUCUGAUACAGCCCAGAAGUACAACAUCACCUAUUCUAUCAGUGGUCCUGGUGUUGACCAGCCACCGCUCAAUUAUUUUUACAUUGAGAAAGAAACAGGAAAUCUCUUUGUUACUCGCCCAAUAGAUCGGGAAGAAUAUUCAGAAUUUAAGAUAAUAUGCUAUGCAAGGACAUUAGAUGGCUAUACUCCAGAGAUACCACUUGUACAUAUAAUCCGGAUUGAAGAUGAUAAUGACAACCCUCCCAUUUUUGAUCCACUUACAUAUACUUUUAACAUUCCUGAAAACAGCAGAGCUGGUACUUUAAUUGGACAAGUGACUGCAACGGACAGAGAUGAACGUGGUACACUACACACUAGACUGAAAUACAGAAUUACGGCCUAUCAGCUUUCGCCUUCUUAUGCCAAUUUGUUUAAUAUAAAUGGAGAUACAGGUUCUAUUACUCUGGUAGUCCCAGGUCUAGAUAGAGAGACUACAAGUGAAUAUACAGUAUACGUAGAAGCAAGAGAUAUGGCAGGUCAGCGCUUUGGUUUGUGCAGUACUGCAACGGUUGUAAUUCAGGUUGACGAUACAAAUGACCAUGCACCCAUGUGCGAACAUGGCACGUAUGAAGCAUACGUGGCUGAAAACACGGUUGGUGCAGAAGUCGCCAACAUUGGUGUUGUAGACCAAGAUGCACCUGGAACUCCAAACUGGCAUGCUACCUUCAGCAUUAUAAAGGGAAAUGAAGACGGUGCUUUCAAAAUUGUGAAAAAGCCAGAUUCAAAUGUUGGCACUUUAUGUAUUGAAAAGGGGCUAGACUAUGAAAAAGCCAAGGAGAGAAGACUGGAAAUUGCUGUAAAUAAUGAAGCACCUUAUGCUCCAGCCCCAAAUUCAAGAGCCAUUUCUACAAGUACUUGCUACGUGAUUGUCAAAGUACGGGAUGUGGAUGAAGGGCCAGUAUUUGACCCUUGUGUGUAUAUUUUAAAUAUUAAAGAAUGUUUGCCAGCUGGAACAAUGGUCGGCCAGUACCUAGCAAGUGACCCGGAAACCAGAAAUAGUGAAGGCAUAAGCUAUAGAAUAAUAAGUGAUCCAUGCAAUUGGAUCACCAUCGACAACAUGGGUCAGAUCAGAACCACUCAACUCCUAGACAGAGAUGUACCAGAGAUGAAAUUCUACCAGUGUAACGUAACCGUCUCUGCAACAGACCAAAAUGGUAAAACAGGCACUGGAGUGGUGGUGGUGAAUCUAAUGGAUGAAAAUGAUAAUUUCCCAGUGAUUGUUAAAAGAGAAUACAUAAUGUGCAGAGGAAGAGAACCAAUUUGUCUUACUGCUGUGGAUGCUGAUCAGCCUCCGUAUGCAGGUCCCUUCCGUUUUGAAAUUCCUGAACGGAUGCUUUCGGGAUGGACAAUAACGCAACAUGAUGAAAAAUCUGCGUACCUGGCACCAGUAGGCAAUAUGCCCUAUGAUACGUACAACAUUCCUGUCAGGGUAACAGACAGUGCAGGCCAUGGUGGAACCACUGAGAUAAAAGUGCGAGUGUGUGAUUGUACAUCCCCUGAAGAGUGUGGUCCAUAUCGUGUACCCUAUCGUCAAGCACCUAAUGUUACUCUUGGUAUUUGGGCCAUCCUUGCAAUGAUUUUGGGAUCACUAUUGCUGUUGUUGAUCCUAAUAACACUUUGUGGCUGUUGUGGUGCUGCACCUGUGAGUAGUAAGCAUGUGAGUGAUGAUUUAGCUAACCAAAACUUAAUCAUAUCAAAUACUGAAGCACCUGGAGAAGAAGUAAUGGACCCAAAUAUACUUCCUCUGAAGAUUUCUGAUCAAGGAGCUGGCAUGAGUGCUGCUGGAAUAAAAACUGGAGGCCAGGAAUGUUUUGAAAUGGUCAAGGGAGGCCACCAUACACUGGGAUCAGUCCAAGGAGGAGGACACCAUACUUUGGAGUCUGUCAAAGGAGUGGGUCAUCAUACACUGGAUUCUGGAAGGGGAUAUGGACAAUCAAUGAUGGAUGGAUACAGAUGUUCCUAUUCAGAAUGGCAGAAUUACACACAGCCUCGCCUAACUGAUAAGGUGUAUCUGUGUGGACAGGAUGAAGAGCAUAAGCAUUCCGAAGACUAUGUCCUUUCAUAUAACUAUGAAGGAAGAGGAUCACCGGCUGGCUCUGUAGGUUGCUGCACUGAUCAGCAAGAUGAAGAAGCGCUUGACUUUUUAGAUCACCUGGAGCCCAAGUUUAGGACACUAGCAGAAACCUGUGUAAAGAGAUAAGUGUGUUCAUGCAGUGCAGGAAAUCAUCAUCUUUUUUGCAGGGUCGCUGUUUGAGAACUUGAAUACAGCGGAUUUUGCUAUCUUGUUUUUUCUUUCUAGUGGGAGUGGUUAAACUAUUCUUUAGGUUUGUUGGUAUCAUUGUUUCUCUAACUAAACUCUGGGGUGCUGCAGAAUUUGACCUAGAUGUAUACUUUCUUAUAUAUAUAUCAGAGUCUUUUAUUUUCAAACAAAUGUAAGGUCAAACUGUUUUCUAAAUAGCAAUUCUUUUUCCUGCAUCUGCCUUUACAAGAAGGCAGAGUGUUGCUUUAUUUUAAGAACUCAAAAGUUACUGUUUGUUUGAGUCUUGGUGGAAGUAAGUUGUUUUUUUGUUUAAAUUCAUCUAAAUCUUUCCUUUCAUUUUAUAGAAAUAAAUGCUAACAUUCUGUUUCUGUACAUUUAAGUACUUGUUAAUUUCUUAUCUUUUGUAUGAAAACCAUGUCUUUGGCAUUUUUAGAAUUUUAAUAAUUCUAAGUAAUUAACAUGAGAUUUGCUAGAUGAUUUGAACUGGGCAAUGGCUCUUAUCUUAAAAGAUAAACAGUGGGGAAAGGGAGAGGCAAAGUAUUGUAAAUAUGUAGCACAUCUAAACUAUUUUUCUGCAUACUGAAUUUCUGCCCACCAAAUUUACCUAGUAUAAUGGUUGUAUGAGUCAUUGCAGCCACAAUCAUAGAAAUGAAAACAUGAGUCUCAUGCCAAUGUCAAAGUCUAGGAUUUUACUCCAUGUACUAUAGUAGUGUUUGUCACACUGGUUACCUAAUAAAUAUUGCUAAGUGCUGUAAAACAUUACAUCAAUUACAUGCUAAUUGUAGAUAUCACUUUGAAAAACCUGCUAGUUAUCAGUUAUUGAUGCUUCUUCCCAUCUCAGGCAAAGUAGAAAGAAAGCUGGGAGAUAUGAAGGGAUUAUCUCCGACACUCCAUUCCUGGUGGUGACUGGUGCUCUGUAAUUUGCAUGCAUAAAUUUACCCCAUGUGCAUUGUUCAGAGAGAAGGAAUGACAACUGUUAUUUUUCGUACAGUAUACCUCUGUGCCUAUGAUUCAUUAGGGAAUGUGAGACAAGCAUGUGGUAGUAGACAUUUGGAAUCCUCAAAAAAGGGCAAGAGGCAUGUAGGAGUCCUUUUGUGUUGAAAAGAUACUACACAGCUAUUAUACAGUAAAUAGCCACCUAAUGGUGCAGCGGGGAAAAGACUUGCCUAGGAAGCAAGAGGUUGCUGGUUCGGAUCUUCAGUGGUAUGUUUCCCAGAAUAUGAAACAUCUAGGGAAACACCUAUAUUGGGCAGUAGCGAUAUAGGAAGAUGCUGAAAGGCAUCAUCUCACACUGCGCAGGAGGAGGCAAUGGUAAAUUCCUCCUGUAUUCUACCAAAGACAACCACAGGGCUCCAUGGCUGCCAGGAGUUGAUCCCGACUCGAGGGCACAACUUUACCUUUACUUUAUUAUACAGUAAACUUUUUUUUUUCUCUUUGGCUGGUGGCCUAAAUCAGGGAAUGCAUUUAAUGGACCUAAACAAGAUUGUGGGGUUUUUUUAGUGUGGUGCUUGGUACUCUUCUUUACAUGUAAAUGAAUGGAGUUAUGAUAUGCCUUUAUUAUAGUCAAGUUAGUUAAUAUCUGUCAGAUUACGCCUAUGCUAUGUAUGUGUAUAUUAAGUGCCAGUGAUAAAAAAUUGGUGUAAGUAGGUAUUCAGUCAUGAUUAAUGGUGCAUCAAGGAUCUGAAACACUAACUGGAGGAAGCCCAUGGGCUAGUGAAAAAGUGUUUUUUUAAAACUUGGCUUUCAUUCCAGUUAAAAUAAAAUAAUUGGUAUUACUCUCAAAAAGGGUUUGGAAGACUGAAUUGAUUUAGUCUUCCAAACCUUGUUGCACUGACUUUGCUUAUCUCUAAUUACUUUGGUGUAAUUAACUCAUUAAUUGCUUAAAUCUAAUUAUGGUUUUCUCUAUUAGUCUUAUACUCUUUCAUGCAGUUUGGACACGUAUCUCCAGAUCUGCAGCAUCUAGAGAUUAAACAGGAAGUGUGGCAAGCCAGUGCAAAGUCUUAUGACCAAUAAUAUAGCCUUUAGAUUCAGGGUUUAGCAGGGAUUGUGUUUCUUUAUCAGGAACUGAGUUACUAAUGCACAGACCUGUGUCUAAAUCCUGAAGCCACUUCUGUGUCUAUACAAGAUGUAGAACAGUGAUACAGAUGUAGGCCAAAGUUAGCUGUGACCGAGCGAUAAGCUUUGUGUUUUUUAAAUCAAGAAUUAUAUAGAAAAGAAGGGAGAAAUUUUGGGUUUUGUAGAUUUGCUUUCUACAUUUGAGAAAAAAUAGAAACAAAAGUAUAAUCCAUUAUCUAUUCAAUAUCGGAAUAAUGUGGUCAGGAAGAAUAAAAGUACAGAGCAAAGAAAUUAAGUAUAUGUUGUUGUGAACUAAUUUUGGUAUGUUAAAAGCCUCCCUUAAAGCAGGAAACACUCCUGUUCAGUGAGUUUCAUUGUAUGCUGGGCUAAGCUGCCAGUCAAUUUAAAUCUGCCUAAGUACAGCCUAAGAACAAAGUACUUCCAUAACCUUAAAAUGUGGUGGUGUCUCACCAGCUUGCUGUUCCAAAUGGAGCAUUGCCCCAUACGAUUGUUCACUACUGUGUGGGGCUAUUACAGAUAUUUUUAUUAUUUAAUAAAAUACAGGAAUAUUAUUUCAAUUAAAUAACACUUGAAUGUCUAAGAAGAGCAUCCUAUGCAAUAUUAUUGAAGACAAUAGAAAUUUCCAGGAUUAUUCUAGUGCUUGAGAAUGUUUGCCAUUUAGAUAUUUGGAUCAGAUUUGUUCCUGAAUCUGCAUACAAACAACUUACAUCCAUGCCUGUAUAGUUAAUAAAUUAACUUAUUCAAACUAAAGCAGUCACACAAAUCUAUUUGGAUCUCUUCAGUCAAAUUAAGUUAUGCCGUAAAUGACGUAAGAAAAAAUAGAAAAAUUACAAAGUGUACGACACUAUGAGUAUUCCAAAUAGUAUUUCUUCUGCUUUUUUUGGUUUGGUAAUGUAUAUAACAUGAGGUGCAGUGUAGUAGUUAAAAGCACGAGGUGUGAGCUGGAAAGUUCCCAGUUCAAAUUUUAGCUUGGCCAUAAUCUUACUGGGUGUCUUCAGUUAAGUUUCUAUCCAUUAGCUUCUCAUCUGUAAUAUGGGGAUACUAAUAUUGUCUUAAUGCAUUAGACUGUUGUAAGGACAUUUAUGUGAAGUGCUCUGAGAACUCAGAAAAAGUGUUUUAUAUAAAGGCAAUUUAUUCUUACAGUUUUUUAGGACUUGGACAGGUGUAUGCAUCUGUUUCCCCUUAUUGUUUGUUCUGCACUUGCACACAAACUGUUAGAAUGUGUACGUGCUUAAAUCUAGCAAAGCAUUAAUUUAACUAGGAUAUCCAUAAUGUUUCCUUGUUGCAAAUUUGAUGCCUUUUCAAGCUAUGUUAGCUUAUCAGGAAUUCAGUGAUGAGAAGAACAAUGCCGGGAAACUAGCUUCUUUGAAAGACAGCUCUCACCUACCAUAACCAGUCUUCCUCUGGAGGGUGCAGCUCCCAGUGCAUGGAACCAUGGUAAAGCCCAGCCCCACAGGCCUAGCCAUUACUCUGGAUGAACUGUGUAUGGGCCCUAGACACGCUCUGUCACCCCUGCAGUACACUGGGGUUCUGUGCCAGAUGAGUUGACAUGGAAAGGUUCUCCGAACAUCGAAAUCUUGAAAACCACAGUGCCAGUGGUUUUUAUCACUAAAUUUACCAGCAGUAAGAAAUCAAAAUAGAAAAGAAUGUAUGAUUAAAUCUUAAUAUGUAAAGUUCAGAGUUUUGUAUUAAAUAUUUAUAAAAUAUUACAAGAUAGUCAUAUAUAAUGUUUUGUAUUGUUUAUCUCGCCCAUAGAAACUGCUUUGAAUUAAAUUGAAAUUGAUUUGUUCUUUCCAACUCUUCUUCUGAACAGUCUAAGUGUGUAAACACCUUGUUUAAUUUCCUGUUUUAAAUAAAUUUUGUAGAACAUAACAGUGAUUUUUUAUUUCAGAAUAAAGAAACCCACCAAACUA